AUGGUGCCACCCACACGGCUCGCUGUCACUUUGCUGUUCCAGAGCUCGGACAAGAUCCGUGAAGCGAAGGAGGCCCAACGGCUUGCCAUUGAGAAGGAUGGCCAGAAGGUCAGCGACAAGCUGGUGUACCUGAAACAGUAUGUCGGAAAUGCCUGCGGGACGAUUGCUUGCCUUCACAGCAUGGCAAACAAUGCAGAGGCCUUGGGGCUUUCUGCUGAAUCGCCGGUGGGCAAGUUCCUGGACACCAUCAAGGGCAAGUCGCCCCAGGAUGCUGGGCUCGCUUUGGUCGACGCCACGGAUCUGCAUUCGGCCUCGGAGGCCAGCGCACAGGGAGGCCAAACGUCGGCACCGCAGGCAGAUGCAGAUGUCGAUGCGCACUUCAUCUGCUUCGUGGAGAAAGAUGGAGAGCUUUUUGAGCUUGAUGGCAACAAGGCUUUCCCUAUCAAUCACGGGCCAACGGGCGGGGACCUCCUGGGUGCUGCGUGCAAGACCAUCAAG